CUUUGCUUCAGUUUCGUACUUGCGAAGUUCAAACCAGCACCAGGACUUAUGAUACAUUGUUUCCUAGUAAAUUAAAAGGAAGUUGCUUAGGCGUUUUUGAAAGGAUAAGGACGCCAAAAUUCGAACAGCCGAAGUGUCCUUUACCAGGUUAACGACAGGAGCUUUCUUAUAAGCUCCUUGCAUAUUAAUAUAUAUUCUCUCUUUUUACGUGUUUUCCCUCUUUCUACCAGUUGUCUUUAUUUAUAAUUAAUAUAAUCUCUUUAAAAUGUAUUCUGACGGUGUUGAAUACUCAAGAGGAGCUGCAGUUGCAUCAGACAUGUCAAGUCCUUUACGGGCUGCUAGUGCAAGUACUGGUAAUUUAAGCCGAAUACGUUCUCGAAAUCGCUCAACUUUGAGUACUACUAUGCAGUCUGAUCCUCAGUUGGCUUCUAGAAUUGGUGCUUUUUAUCUCAACAAUGUUCAGUCGAACAUACCUUUCGAAACAGACAAGAUAACACCUGCUUAUGGUAUUGGUGAUAUGAUCGCACCUGAAAUGAAAGAUUCUAAAAGUCAAAUCGUUCCGAGUGUUAGUCACAAAAAGGAUGGUCUUUAUUCCCGUCCAAACGUAUCUUCUUCUAGCAUGUUAUUGACGAUUAAGCGAGCUACAUCUUCGGAUUCUCCUCAAGAAAAGCAACAUAAUGAAAGUUCCACAACCAAAGAUUUUUUUCCUAGGAAGUCGUUAUCCACUACUUUUACCCCGAGUCCGUCUCGGAUUUCUCAUGAAGUCUUACCUGCUACUACUUUUCCAGCGCAAUCAACCGAUUCUUUGCAACGCAAUACAACACCAAGACAUUCUUCUCCGUUGCAGAAGCAGGUAUCGACUGAUCUACCUUUUACUUUGCCUAUUUGUGAGGAGGAGCAGUUAGAUUGGAUACGCGAAAAUGAAGAUUUGGUAAAUGCUGUGAAUCCUGACGAUUGUUUAGAAUGGGUAGAGUACGUCCUUCGUUUUACGUUGGUUCAUCUUCCUUAUUUACAAUCUUAUGAUACCGAAAAUUAUGACGAGAUAAAUUAUUUGGAGAAUGUAUGUGAAAUUGCACUCGACAAACUUCGUGAGCAUUCAAGAGCAGAGAAUCCCCGUGCUCUCUAUUAUGAUGCAUAUACUUAUGAAUCUGGUGCAUUUGACGUUGAAGUUGACCUCCAACAAGCCUGGGAAUUAUACUCAGCAUCCGCCAAGCAUGGCUUUACUCGAAGUCUCUAUAGACUCGGUGUAAUUUUAGAGGAUCAAGGAAAUCUUCAAGAGGCCGUCGAGUACUUCGAAGAAGGUGCUAGCUACAACGACAGUGCUUCUUGUUGGAGAUUAGCUCUAUUAAUUCUUGAAGGAAUGUUAGAUAAUAUAGGAACGUAUGCUCAGCAACGCGGUCGUGGUCUUGAACUUUUAGAACAGAGUGCUAAUAAUGCUGAUGCUGAUGUUCCUUCUGGUUUGUAUAGUUAUGCGCUUUUAAACUUGCAAGAGCAUCCCGGAUUGGUUGAUUUAGACGCUGAAGGCUUGCAAGUCCCAGUGAAUGAGCGAAUCGCGUUAGAAUCCUUUGCUCGCGCAGCAUUCCUGGGACAAUCUUCUUCUAUGUUGCGUAUGGGUGCAGUUUAUGAAUUUGGUAAAUACAACUGCGCUAAAAGUCCAAAGUACUCCAUACUUUAUUAUUCUGCUGCCUCCAAGCAAGGAGAAACUGAAGCUGAUUUUGCGCUUGCCAAGUGGUAUCUUAAUGGCGGUGUAGGUGUUCCAGUUGAUGAAGAUCAAGCCUUCGUACAUGCCGAGAGAGCUGCAAUGGCAGGAAACUCCAAUGCGCAGUUUUUACUGGGAUACAUUUUUGAAAGUAAAAAUAAUUCUGAACAAGCUCUAUAUUGGUACACGGAAGCUUCUAACAAUGGACACGCCGAAGCUGCUGAGAACUUGGAGAAUUUGAAGGAUGUUUUAAAAAAUAAUCCACCGGAAGAGGUUCCGCCUACAAGUACAUCAACUCAGUCCCACCAUGCCGCAGACUAUAGUAGUGCUCCUUCGACACCCUAUAUUAGCUCUCAAUCUCAGGGCGAAACCUCUAAUGGGGGUACUAUGAAGCCUGUCGCUGGGACCAUGCCUGAACAGCCUAUAGUACAAAAGGUGCCCGUUACUAAGAAGACGACAAAAACUAAAUUUCGUAAACGUUUGAAUUGUGUGAUAGCUUAGAUUAAAGGAGAUGAAUUAGCAUACAACUUAGAAGUUUACUAGAGCAUUAGCAUUUGGUGACAGAUUAAUUACUCUAACAUAUCAUUAGCAUUUUAAAUUAUGGAAACCUACGCUUUACGAUCGUUAGCAUCGUUGUCCGUGGAUAACUAACCAUAAAAGUGUUCAGAAAUCUAAAUUUCUAUUUUUUUUUAAAUGUGUGAUUUGACGAAAAUGCUGCAUUUUUGUUAUUACAACAGCCAAAGUAUAGCACUCGUUUUUAUAUACUUUCGGUUGUACAUGCAUCUGGUCGUACGAUAUCUUGGACGCUUCUAUUCAAUGAGAUAUGAAAAAUGAAUUGUUAUUUGUAUUUUUUUAUCCAAAA